AGGAUGAGAUGAGUGGAGCAGCAGCAGCAGCAGCAGCAGAGGAAGUGGGAGGCACACACAGUUUCGUGGCUCAUAACUCACCGCAACUGGACUCUGACUUAGUAGCUCUCUUUUUUCACUCACAACUUGUGCUCCUUUUUCCACCACUUUUGUGUGCAUGAGCGUUGUUAGCUACCUGCACUGUGGUCCAAGUUUACUACCUAUCUGCUGCACAAACAAGAAGGGAAACAUAUAUCCCUGCGCUUCUUCUUCUUCUUCUUCUUCUUCUUCCUCCGCUGCUUAUUUUCAAUUUCCGUCAAGAUGAUGAUAAUUAUCGCCGAGUUCUUCGUGGUCAUUCUGAAGGUGCUCUGGGCGAUGAUGACCGCCGGUGCUAAGUGGGUCGUGCGUCCGAAGGAGAAGAGCGUGGCCGGACAGGUGUGUGUAAUCACCGGCGCUGGAAGCGGCCUCGGGCGGCUCUUCGCCAAGGAGUUCGCCCGGAGACGAGCGAUACUGGUGCUGUGGGACAUAAACAGCCAAAGCAACGAGGAAACGGCGGAGAUGGUGCGGCAGAUAUAUCAUGAGCUGGACACUCCCAUCACUAAAGACGGACCUGUUGGAGGUGUAGAGGAGGUCCCUCCUUUCCAGCCGCAGGUCUACACCUAUGUGUGUGACGUGGGAAAGCGGGAGAGUGUGUAUUCUACAGCCGAGAAGGUGCGUCGAGAGGUGGGAGAGGUGGACAUACUGAUCAACAACGCCGGCGUCGUCUCUGGCCAUCACCUUCUGGAGUGUCCCGAUGAGCUGAUCGAGCGCACCAUGGUGGUCAACUGCCACGCACACUUCUGGACCACCAAGGCGUUUCUCCCCAAGAUGCUGGAGCUGAAUCAUGGCCACAUUGUGACGGUUGCCAGCUCCCUGGGUUUAUUCAGCACAGCUGGAGUGGAGGAUUACUGCGCCAGUAAGUUCGGUGCCAUCGGGUUCCACGAGUCACUGAGCCAUGAGCUGAAGGCCUCGGAGAAGGAGGGCAUCAACAUGACGCUGGUGUGCCCUUACCUGGUCGACACGGGAAUGUUCAAAGGCUGCAGGAUAAGGAAGGAGAUUGAGCCUUUCCUGCCUCCCCUGAAGCCAGAGUUCUGUGUGAAACAGGCCAUGAGGGCCAUCCUCACUGACCAGCCCAUGAUCUGUACACCUCGCAUCGUCUAUAUGGUCAACUUCAUGAAAAGCAUCCUGCCCUUCGAGGCCAUCGUGUGCAUGUACCGAUUCCUAGGCGCCGACAAGUGCAUGUACCCCUUCCUAGCUCAGAGAAAGGAGGCCAUGAACAACAACGAGGCGAAGAAUGGGAUCUAGGGGGCGCUGUUUGUAACACGAACAGAGGCACAUAAACCUGCAAGCAUGAGGAAACAACCACUGAGGAUGAAAAAUGGGGAUGACGGAAGGAAAGAAAAGACUGAAUCUAGACUGGUGCACUUGCAUUGAGCAAAUGCAAAGGUUUACCAUAUUGUUCCUCUGGAACAAAGAAAGCUGUGUACUACACAAAGGAUUUAUUUGACUUUGUUUUGUCUUCUUUUUUUUGUUUUUUUAAGUUUGUUUAAAGAAACCAACAUCUAUAUACUGUGUCACUAGUUUUUGAAAUCAUACAGAAAAGCUAUCCUAUAAUUAACUAUUUACGUAAUGUAGUCACCAGCCUUAUCUAGUGUCAUUGUGGAAAUAUACAGUAUGUUACUGUACAAACAGUAAAUGUUUUUCACUUUUAUUUUAUUUUUGUAGACAUGCACUGUAAUUUCAGAUUUUUUUUUUUCCUCUACACUGCCAGCAUUCUCUGUGUAGGACGGUUCAACGCAGCAUUUCAAACGUCUCCCCGCGCAGAGGCUCCUUUUUCAGGCGGUCAGGAAAUUAGUUUGCAGCUUAACAAGGCUCCCAUUGUGCCAUUUAAAAACAAAGCAAGAUAAAUGUCACCAUUAAAAGUUUACCAUAUUCCGUUGUUUAAUACUUAAAUUACAGACAUGUAGCAUAUGUUGAUAAUUAAGUCUACGCAUUCCAAAUGGGACAUUUAAAGGCCAGAUUGUGGCCUCAAUCUUCACAGGAGUUUCCAGUGUAAUGGGGCUCAUUGUCCCCCUUUUAAUGGUCCUCUUAUUUCAGGUCUGCAUUGACUAACCUCUCAAAUGAGAAGCGGACGAGAGAGUCAAGUGUCCUGGGUUGAACUAGCAUGCGUGACACAUUCAGAAUGUACUGCUUUGGGGGAGAAACCUGAGAGGAAAUAAAUUUGUAUUUCUCUCUUUAUUUUCAAGACCUGUGGUGUUUAUAUUGUAAAUGUAUCUGUUACCAAUAUUAUUUGUUAAAAAAAAAUAAAAUAAUGCAACAUAGGCUGUAACUCCAGGCGAACCGCUGUCCCAUCACUGAUGUGUGGUCGAGGGAAAUGUAUUAAAAAGACACUAGCUUUCCAUUAUUCUUUCCAAAGUAACACUUUAACUCUCCUGUCCAUUGUCCACCUUGUCCAGUUAAAGUGAAAUGUAAAUGUUUAAAUGUUGUGAAUACCCCCCCCACCUCCUCCAGUAUCCCAAAAUGUCUCCACCAUAUUUGAUGUAUGAAUAUUUUAUAUACCUUUUGGGACGACAAGAGUUUUUGAAUUUCAACUACAUUCCAAUAGGCUUCAUCCCUCCAGUCACAGCGAUGAGCCUAAAUUCUCUACCUCUUAAUUUUUGCCAUUUUUUUUGACAGUAUGACAUAAGCCUCUUUUUUGUAAUUUUCUGAAGACCGCUCCAUAGCCGAGCAAAUGUGGUUCCAAUGUUUAGUGUCUCUACCUAACUUAAAUUAAUAAAAGUGAUUUAGAUUAUUAAA